AUGGCACCGAAGAAGGACAAAGUUCCACCACCAUCCUCUAAACCCGCCAAAUCCGGCGGCGGAAAGCAGAAGAAAAAGAAGUGGAGCAAAGGAAAGCAAAAGGAGAAAGUGAACAACAUGGUUCUCUUCGAUCAGGCUACCUACGACAAGCUUCUCUCUGAAGCUCCUAAGUUCAAACUCAUCACUCCUUCCAUUCUCUCUGACCGUCUUCGGAUCAAUGGGUCACUUGCUAGGAAGGCCAUUAGAGAUUUGAUGGCUAAAGGAUCAAUCAGAAUGGUCUCAACUCACUCAAGCCAGCAGAUUUACACUAGAGCUACCCACAACUAA